AUGGCGUCCACCACACCCACCACAACCCCUUCUCAUAGGCGUAUACGUAGCAAAUCUCCUCGGUCUCGCCCAACAACACCCCUCCGCGCAUCUUCCCGCUCUUCAUUACGCGACUCUUCUCAACGCGGCCGCGCUGCUUCAGCCUCGGGCAACGCCCUUGAAGGUCUCCAAGAUGGCUUUGCUGAGUUGAGCGAUGCAAUGGCAGAUCUGGAGCAAAAUUUUCUGCAAUUGCAGUUGAUGCAUGAGAGUCUGGCACGCUUCUCGGAGAGUUUUGCAGGCUUUCUAUAUGGCAUGAACAUGAAUGCCUUCUGUGUCGACUUUCCUGAGGCUCCAAUACAAGAAUCCUUCAAGCGACCACAGAACCAAUCCGACCCUGGAGCUGCGAACCUGAACCGAUCCCAAGGCCCAGACGACAUGGAAGCGACGUUCCUAACCACCGAUACAUCCUUUGUUGACAAUCCGCCAAGCAGCAAGAUGUCAUCCAAAUUCCAGAACCCACAAACACCAGCACCCGCCACAAAGACAUCGGGCGUUCCGAGGGGAAGAGGAGGCAUACCCCGAGCAGGUGGGCGUGGGGGUAUCCCCACUCGUGGUGGCGCAACUAGAGGCACAAGAGGUGGUACAGGCAUUGCUAGGGGAGUUGCUGGGAGGGGGCGCGGGGCCCGAUAA